AUGGAAUUCAUGAAUAACAGAUUGAAGCGCGGAUCGGAAAAUGGUGAGCAAUUGAUGUUGUUUCUGGAGCAAUUUCAGAACUUGGAAACAGAGCAGCGCCAGUUAGAAUUCCAAAAUCAACAACUCAGCGAAGAGAACCUACUGUUACGCAAUGCAUUACAAGGGUUUCAACAACAGCUAUUCGCAGCGGAGGCUGCCAUUGCGCAGCUGCAACACGAAAAGGAAUAUAUGAAACUUACGGCAAAUGCAUCGUCAUGGUUAAUGGCCCCUAGCAAGUUACCCGAUCCUUCAGCCGAAGAAUUAAAACAGCGGCCAUCAGUUUCCGCUAUCUCAUGGGAAAAAAUUCAAAAACAGGUGCUGAAAUAUGUAUCUGAAGGUCGCCAUGAAAUGGCCAUACUACUAUGCAAGGAAGCUGUGGCUGAAUUGGAGAUUGUUUGUGGACAUGAUCAUCCUGAUGUUGCGCCCAUAUUGAGAACCUUAGAGCAAGUUUAUCGCGAUCAAAGCAACUACAAGGAGGCAAACAAGAAGUUAUAA